AAACCGACUACUCUUUGCAUUUCAGCAGGAUUUGUCUUGGGCAGUUGCAUCUCGCUCACACUUGCCAACAUGGCAACACUUGCGGACGUCGGGUUGGCGGUCUUGCGUCGCCAAGUACGCGCCGAAUACGCCUACUCAGACCCUGUUGAGACAGCCGAGCGCCUACCUGACGAGGUGGAGGAGGGCAACGUGGAGUAUAAGCUGCAGCUCCUGGAGCCGUCACCCGACCGUCUACGCCAACUGACAACACAGAUGCACUGGCGCCUUAACGAAGGCAGAGGCACCGCCUUCUACGAGGUUGGUGUGAAGGAUAAUGGAGAGGUGCUGGGUCUGACAGAGGACGUCAUGCUGCGCUCCCUGGGGACAUUAGCGCGCAUGUGCCGUGUGGUUAAUGCAGAAAUGUCAUUAUCGACGUUCCGUACAGGACGUGGUGAUAGCCACAAAGCAGUGAGGAUCCAGGUCACGAGGGUGCUAGAACACAACGCCACCAAAAGACUUCGCGUGUCUGUCAUCGGAGACUUUGAGAGCGGCAAGUCGACGCUAGUGGGGGUGCUUACUCGUGGCUGUCUGGAUGACGGGGCUGGUCUAGCCAGGAUGCAAGUGUGUCGCCAUCGUCACGAGUUGGAAAAUGGCUGCACGUCCAGUGUGAGCGAGCACACGAUCGCCGUGGCUGCCGAUGGACACUUCCGAUACACUGAGGAGCUCCCCACUUGUGACUUCGGCGACAGUGACGAGGAAAUCGAGCAAGACGAAAAGCCAAGAAGACCGCAGAGUUUCAUCACGUUAAGUGACCUGGCAGGACACAAGAAGUACCUCAAGAGUACAGCAUCAGGAUUGGCAGGACAGUUCCCAGACUACGCCAUGCUGGUAGUCGAUGCUGUCCGUGGAGUUCGAGAUAUGACACGUGAACACCUCAAAAUCGCCACUGCACUGGAUGUAGCCAUCUUCGUGGUAAUAACCAAGACGGAUCUCGUGACGAACGAGCGAAUACAACAGUCCUUGGAUGAAGUGGCUGACCUCCUGAAGGUGUUUUGUCCUUAUCAACGGGUUCUUUUGGCACCAAGCAACAUGGAUACAUUACAGGACGACCUAUUGAAGCUUACCUGUGCGUCGACUGUACCGGUAUUCCAGGUCUCAAACGUGGACGGUAAGGGUCUGGACGUGUUACAAGGGUAUCUGGCUGUACUCGAACCGAACCGCUUGUGGGCUACCAAAGCUAAGACUCCAGCGGAGUUCCAGAUUACGCAAGCCUAUGAUAUCGAAGAUGCAGGCACCAUUGUGACUGGACUUGUGCAUGCUGGCACACUUUGUGUGGGGGAAGGUAUGCUGCUGGGACCUGCCAUUGAUGGUCUCUUUUGCGACGUCACAGUCGAGAGCAUUGAAGUGCAGCACAAGGCAGCGCAAAGUCUAAGCGCAGGAGAGACUGGAGCGGUAUUGAUACGCUUUCUGACAACUGCUCAGCCAGCCCACCGCAUCAGGAAAGGCACGAUGCUAGUGCACCCGAGUGUUCGGCCGAUGGCUACACGUCAGUUCGACGCAGAGCUGCACUUCUUACCGGAUGCACGAGCGUUUCGAGAGAAUUUCCAGGCGGUUAUCCACACAGGCCAAGUGCGGCAAAUGGCGAAGAUCGUACGACUGGGAGACCCCAAUUGCUCGACUCCAACAAAGCUUCAGCCUGCCACUACGAUGUGCCGCUUUGAGUUCAUGUACUGGCCGGAAUACAUCCGUCCAGACUUGCCGCUGGUGCUACGUGAAGGGAAAACUCAAGCUGUUGGCCGUGUAGUGCGAGCCGUGCCUAUUUUCCACAAGAAACAGCAAGCAACUCGAGUUUCAUCUUACUGAAAGGGCUAAGUUUCAUGCAUUAUAUGUGAAUUAUUUUUUUUUUUAUAAAAAAACUCCUUACGCCAAAAGCAUGGUUUAUAUU